AUCCCCAGAGAGACCGAAGAGCGACGUCUCUGCCUGCCUGCCAUAUCCGAAUUCAAGAGUUCUAGCCAUCAUUUUUUUUUUUUUUUCUGAGCUUCGUCCACAGACUUCCAUGGAGGUUCUCCUUCGAGCCUCCUUUGCAACUCCAUUUUCUUCAACGAGCUCCAAAUGUGUUCAUAGGGAGAGGGUUCUCAAUAAUCAUAUUUCUUGCCUGAUAUUCGGAAAUGGGGUUUCUUCGUUACGUUCAUUUUUUCCCCAAGAGCUCUCUAUCGUUGAUAGGGGCAGAAAAUCAGUAAUUUCUGAAGCGAAGAAGAAGAAUAAAGUCGAUUCUCAUAGCUUCAUUCCAAAGCCAGAUGAAGCCACUGGGAUAUUUCCUGAGGCCGUGCUGCUUAAGGAGAAGAAAGUUCAGGAAGAUGGUAGAGUUCUCCCUGAAUUUGCUGACGCUGAAGAAGAAGAACUUUUUGAGUUCCUGAAUCUUCAGAUGGAAAGCCAAUUGAAUGUUGAACGAAUGCGCCAUUAUGAAGUUGUUUAUUUGAUUCAUGAAGAUCAUGUUGAGGAGGUGGACAGUGUAACUUCAAAAGUUGAAGAGUUCAUAAGGGAGAAGAAGGGUAAGAUAUGGAGACUGAAUGAUUGGGGUCUUCGGAGGCUGGCAUACAAGAUCAAGAAAGCGAGUUAUGCCAAAUACAUUUUGAUGAAUUUUGAGCUGGAAGCUAAAUGGAUCAAUGAUUUCAAGAGCAUAUUGGACAAGGAUGAAAGGGUCAUUCGGCAUUUGGUAAUAAAGAGGGACAAAGCAAUCACAGAAGAUUGUCCUCCCCCUCCUGAGUUCCACACAUUGCGUGCAGGGAUGGACGAUGACGAGAUAGAAAUGGAUUAUGAUGAUGCAUAUGAAGACGAAGAGGAUGGGGAUUAUUUGGAAGAUGAGGGUGAGUUAAACAUGAUUGACUACGAUGAUGAUAUUGAAGAUGGUAUUAUUCUUGUUGAUGAUGAGAAUGACAAUGGUGAUGAAGGAAGACAUACAAAUCACAGAUCAGCUAGCCUAAGAAAAGGUAGAAAGCAAACGCUGAAGGCUGGUAAAGUAGCGAGGUAGUUCCCUUUUCUCCCCUUGUUUUAGUUGAGGUAAAUUGUAAGGUGUGAAUGGACGAAACCUCUUUUUAUAUCCUUGUUGAUAUUAAAAGCAAAAGCUUUAUUGUAAUGAUAUCAAUGGGUAGUUUGUUCUAUUGAAGCUAACAGGACCUUUUCCAAUCCAA